AACCUGCCAUCCUGGUGAUGCACCACUCCAUGAAGCCUCACCCUGCCAUCACGGCCACCCUGCUGGACUUCAUGUGCAGGAUCAUUCCCAAUUUCUAUCCCCCUCUGGAAGCUCACGUCCGGCAAGGAGUCUUCAACUCCCUCACCCACAUCGUGGAGAAGCGAGUCCUGGCGCACUUGGCUCCUCUCUUCGACAACCCCAAGCUGGACAAGGAGCUCCGUGCGAUGCUGAGGGAGAAAUUCCCAGAGUUCUGCAGUUCUCCCUCUCCCCCCAUCGAAGUGAAAAUCGAGGAGCCUGUUCCCAUGGAGAUGGACAACCACAUGGCUGAGAAGGACGAUGGUUGCUAUGACAACGCCGAGGCCGCGUUCAGUGAUGAUGAGGAGGACCUGAACAGCAAAGGGAAAAAGAGGGAGUUCAGGUUUCAUCCCAUCAAGGAGACCAUUGUGGAGGAGCCUGUGGACAUCACUCCCUUCCUGGACCAGCUGGAUGAAUCCCUGAAGGACAAAGUGCUGCAGCUGCAGAAGGGCAGCGACACGGAAGCUCAGUGUGAGGUCAUGCAGGAAAUCGUGGAUCAGGUCCUGGAGGAGGAUUUUGACUCGGAGCAGCUCUCUGGCCUUGCCUCCUGCCUCCAGGAGCUGUUCAAGGCUCACUUCCGUGGGGAAGUUCUGCCAGAAGAAAUCACAGAGGAGUCCCUGGAGGAAUCCGUGGGAAAACCUCUCUACCUAAUAUUUAGGAACCUGUGCCAGAUGCAGGAGGACAACAGUGGCUUCUCCCUGCUGCUGGAUCUCCUCUCUGAGCUCUACCAGAAGCAGCCCAAGAUUGGUUACCACCUCCUGUACUACCUGAGAGCCAGGUACGGCCCUGGGGGGGCUGAGGGGGCAUGGGGGGCACCCCUCACCUGGGCACCUCUGCCAGCAG